AUGUGGAACGGCGUCUCCUGCAGCAAAAGGCAUCCAGGCAGAGUAGUCUCUCUGUUUCUGCAGUCUCAAGGCCUUGUGGGAUUGCUCUCGCCUAACAUAGGUAACCUCUCUUUUCUCAGAGUCAUUGACUUGCAAAACAACACCUUCAGCUGCCUAAUCCCUCAGGAGAUUGGUCGUCUUAGAAGGCUUCAAGUGAUCGAGUUUAGUAAUAAUUCUUUUGGAGGCGGGAUCCCAACAAACUUAUCACAAUGCACCAGCCUUUAUUACCUGAAUUUGAUUGACAAUAAGCUCACCGGAGGCAUAGUCCCCGAGAUAGCUUCUCUUGUCAGACUCCAACAUUUAGGCUUGUCGGUAAACAUGCUUUCCGGGACUAUUCCGCCAUUCCUAGGAAACCUCACUGAUCUGUUACGACGUUCGUUAGGAACAUGCCAGUUUCAAGGAGAGAUUCCAGAGUCGCUCACUCGGCUUAGUAGAUUAUGGUUUCUAGUUAUGAGUGACGAUGGUCUAACUGGUUCUAUUCCAUUAGGCCUCUUCAAUCCUCCAAGUGUCGAGCACUUCGGAUUUGAUUUCAAUCGACUCAAUGGAAACAUACCUGUCGACAUAUGCUCUACACUUCCUAAGUUGAGGCGCCUUUAUUUGAAUUAUAAUAAUUUCAGUGGAGCGCUUCCAGCUUCGCUUUCUAACUCUUCCCUAAUUGAAAGCAUAGAAGUGGGUGCUGUGCUAACAGACCUUGUUGGUCUCACUAGUUUAUUAGCUGAUACCAAUAAUCUAAAAGGCCUGAUUCCUUCCUCCAUUGGAAAACUCCAUAACUUGCAAUAUAUCACUAUCCAUGAAAAUAGACUGACAAAUGAGAAGCCAUUUUCAUUGGGCAACUUGACUUUGUUGAACGCUCUUUCCUUAGCAUUAAAUAAUCUUUCUGGGAGUAUACCUCAAAGUCUUGCAAACUGUACCAACUUGUCAGAAUUAAAUCUUUCAUACAAUAACUUCAGUGGCUUAAUACCUCCUGAAAUCAUCAAGCUUUCCUCCAUCUCCAUUGGACUUGACCUAUCUCACAACGUUUUGACGGGUACUAUUCCAUCAGAAGUUGGGGCUUUGAGAAAUCUUGGAUACAUGGACUUGUCCCACAAUAGAUUAUCCGGAACCAUUCCUCCUUCUUUGGGGAGUUGUGUGAUGCUCAGCUUGCUUCACCUAGAGAGAAAUUCUUUUCAAGGUGAGAUACCUGAUAGUUUGAGGGCUUUGAGAGGUUUAGAAUAUUUGGAUCUUUCACAGAAUAACCUUUCAGGAGUGAUUCCAAGAUUUCUGGUUGAGAUUUCUGGUUGA